AUGUACAUCACUCUCUACUACGUAGUCGCGCGCCUCCCUGACUCCCUUCGCGUAGUCAGGGACCACUUUCUCGCAGUCUGUCCCACCACCCUCACCGUCGACGUCCUCGAGAAGGCCCUCCUCGCGGCGGAGAAGAGCAUAGUCGCUGUAGGAGCUUCUCGUGGUGACCCUCGCACCCCCAUCUUUGAGGGGUGCUCUCCUUCCCCCUUGCUGCCCUCUGUUGCCUCUGCUGCUGCUGCCGACCUGCUUGGUCUUGAGUCGGUCGGCGCGGCGUCUGCCCCUAGUGGGAGACGUCGCUCUGGCAAGGGCAAGGGGGGCAAGGGCGCGGGUGGAGCUGGAGGGGGCGGUGGCGGUGGCGGCGGAGGCGUUGAAGGGAGUGGGGGUGGCGGCGGGAGUAGUGGCGGGGGUGGUGGUAGUGGUGGCAGCAGCGGCGGAGGCGGCGGUGGUGGUGGCAGCGGUGGUGGUGGUGGCAGCGGCGGAGGUGGAGGCGGCGGAGGAGGCAGCGGAGGAGGCGGUGGUGGUGGAGGGGGUGGAGCUGGUCAGGGUGGUACCCAGCAGCGGAGCGGCAGUGGUGGUGGACAGCGCUCGCAGCAGCAGCAGCAGCAGCGUUCGCGCGACAUCCCUCCGCCUCAGCAGCUUCGUGAGUGGUACACCUCAGCGUCAGAGGGGUGGGGGUACUGGUCCUUGCACCUACGUCCUUCGUUCCGGCGACCGGCUGGUGUAGCGAUCUUUGAUCUUGAUUUUGAUGCUAUCCUUGCUGCUAUGUAUGCUGUGACUAUUAGUGAGGAGAAUGAGGGUUACCAGUGUUUCCAGCCCGACCCGGGCAUUGGUACUGCUGCGCUAGGUGCUUGUGAGGCUGCUGCUCUAGGUGCGAGUGCGUCUGCGCUCUCAGGUAUUGGUGAGACUGCGCUCUCAGGUACUGCGUCGCCCUCGUCCUCCCUCACUUUCACACUUGACUCUAGGGCUUCUCGCUCCUUCUUUCGAGACCGCACCACCCUCACGCCGCUUGGCCGGCCGGUUGCCGUCUCCCUAGCUGACCCCUCUGGGGGUCCUGUCCUCUCUCACUUCUCCACUGUCCUCCCGUGUCCGGCUGCCCCCUUGGGCACCCUGUCUGGUCUGUACCUUCCCUCGUUCUCGACGAACUUGGUGAGUGGUGCGGACCUGCAGGAUGCGGGGGUCACGAGUUCACUCCUGCGAGUAGCUGCGUCAGGACCUUCCUGUGUCCCCUGUGUGGGUCGCCUCCGGGCUACUCCUCACUCCUCCCAGUUCCCCCCGACAGAGGCUCCUCUGCAGACGCUUCACAUGGACGUGUGGGGCCCAGCCCCCGUCCGUGGGCAGGGUCACGAGCGCUACUUCCUGUUGGUGGUUGACGACUACUCGCGUUACACCACAGUCCUCCCCUUGCGCAGCAAGGGUGCUGUCACUGAGGUGCUGAUCGACUGGAUCCGCGAGGCUCGUCUCCAGCUCAGGAAGAGCUUCGGCUCGGACUUUCCUGUUCUGCGUCUGCACUUGGAGAGAGGCGGAGAGUUCUCCUCUCGCCUUCUGCGAGACUACUGUCGUGCACGGGGGAUCCGCCAGACCUUCACGCUUACGGACUCUCCACAGCAAAAUGGGAUUGCUGAGCGUCGCAUUGGCAUGGUCAUGGAUAUCGCUCGUACGUCCAUGAUGCAUGCGGCUGCCCCCCAUUUUCUGUGGCCGUUUGCGGUAAGGUACGCGGCGCAUCAGCUCAACCUUCACCCCCGGGUCUCUCGACCCGCGAUGUCCCCAGUCUUGCUGUGGACGGGGAAGGUUGGCGAUGCGUCGGCGUUCCGUGUCUGGGGAUCUCGGGCGUUUGUCCGCGACUUGUCUGCGGACAAGCUGUCCCCUCGUACUGCUCCCUGUGUCUUCCUUGGCUUCCCCACUGACGCUCCAGGGUGGCAGUUUUACCACCCCUCCUUGCGUCGUGUUCUGUCCUCCCAGGACGUCACGUUCGACGAGUCAGUCCCCUUCUACCGCCUCUUCCCCUACCGCACUCCUUCCCUCCCCCCUCCGCCGGACUUCCUUGUGCCGGUUCCCCCCCCGGUAGACCCCCUUCUCCCUCAGGUUCCUGCCCCCUCAGGUGUGUCCCAGGUAGACGCAGUUGACCCGGUCGAGGUUACUGGUGACUCUGGUGCUGCUGCGGGUGCUGAGCCUGGGGGUGCUGGGCCUGGGGGUGCUACUGCGGAGGUUGCUGAGCCUGGGGGUGCUGAGCCGGGGGGUGCUGUGCCUGGAGCUGCUGAGCCUGGGGGUGCUGAGUUGGGUGCUGCUGAGCAUGGGGGUGCUGAGUCUAGGGCUGCUGAGCCUGGGGGUGCUGGGUCUGGAGCUGCGGAGCCUGGGGUUUCUCCUGCUGCUGCGUCUCGACGGGAGCCCCUCUCUCCGCAGGAGCUGCGCGAGUGGUUUGCUCGCCGCUGGAGGCGUGCUGCUGGAGCUGGAGCUUCUUCGACAGUCGAGGGUGCUGGCGGUGCCGGUCCCGGAGCUGCUGGGCCUGCGGGUCCUACUGGAGCUGGCGCUACUGAGGGUGUUGGUGCUGAGACCACUGCUGUCUGUCCUCGCGGUGGUUCUGCUGCUGGUGUUGCUGGAGGUCCUGCCGCUGGAGGUGUUGGUGGUGCUGGUGCUGUCGCUGAGGGUGCUGGUGCUGUCCCUGCUGAGUCUGGAGCUGCCGCGCGGCCUCGGCCAUCGCAGUCACUGUUGGAGCCUUCCUCUCCUCUGCCUGCUCCCUCUCCUUACACUGGUCCUACUGGAGGUCUUGCUGAGCGUCGUGAGCCUGCGUCUCGUCCUGCGUCGCCUGUUCGUGCUGCUCGCGCUAGUGGUCCCGGUUCGCGUCAGCGUCCUCCUCCUGUCCCUGGCACGCACCGGAUGUCUCUGCGUCCGUCCACUGCUCCUCUGCGUGCCCCUUUGCCUUCUCCUCCUGUGUCCUCCCUUCCUGCGCUUGCCGACCCUGAGUCGGACUCUCUUCGUGCUGCCAGUCCUACUGUCACGCGUCUGCUUGCUACUGUCGUCACUGACCCCUCUUUUGAGUCCACUGCUGCGUCUGCUCUUGUCGCUGAGCUCGUCGACUUUGCUGCUCGCUGUCGUCUAGACUACGCUGCUAGUCUUGUUGCUGAGUCUGCGUCUGUCUGUCCUCCGUCCGUCGGGGGUGAGUGUGCUCUUGGCACGGACGUCCUAGAGGACAGGCAGGAGGAGUUACAGUGUCUGGCUGCUGCUUCACCUCAUCUCGCGUCUGUACUGCUUGCUCCUGAGGGAGACCCGGAUGCACUAGACAUCCCGACUCCGCGCUCUUACGCGGAGGCCGUAGAGGGUCCCUACUCCUCUCAGUGGCAGGCAGCUAUGGAUGCAGAGAUGGCUUCCUGGAAGUCCACAGGCACCUACGUUGACGCAGUUCCCCCUCCUGGGGCGAACAUCGUCAGUGGCAUGUGGAUCUUCCGGGUGAAGCGGCCGCCGGGCUCUCCACCUGUCUUCAAGGCGCGGUACGUUGCUCGUGGCUUCAGUCAGCGGCAGGGAGUUGACUACUUUCAGACCUUCUCUCCCACCCCGAAGAUGACCACUCUUCGGGUGCUGCUGCACAUAGCCGCUCAGCGCGACUACGAGCUUCACUCUCUCGACUUCAGCACUGCGUUCCUGCAGGGUAGCCUGCACGAGGAGAUCUGGCUGCGCCGUCCACCUGGCUUCACUGGGACUUUCCCUCCUGGCACCCAGUGGAGCCUCCGACGGCCACGCACCGACACGUCACUGCCGCCGUUCUACAUCAUCGUGUACGUCGACGACUUGGUCUUUGCCACAGCGGACACUGCUGGACUCGCCUACGUGAAGUCCGAGCUGCUGAAGAGACACACGUGCACAGACCUGGGUGAACUGCGCAGCUACCUUGGAUUGCAGAUCACUCGGGACAGAGCACGCCGCACCAUCACCUUGACUCAGUCACACAUGGUGCAGCAGGUCCUUCAGUGCUUCGGCUUCACGUACUCCUCGCCUCAGGCCACUCCUCUGUCUACUCGCCACUCGCUCUCAGCUCUACCUUCGGAUGAGUCCGUAGAGUCGAGUGGCCCGUACCCAGAGCUUGUUGGCUGCCUCAUGUACCUUAUGACCUGCACUCGACCUGACCUUGCAUACCCUCUGAGCAUUCUUGCACGCUAUGUUGCUCCUGGGAGACACCGACCAGAGCACAUGGCUGCAGCGAAGAGGGUAUUGCGCUACCUGUGCAGUACGUCGCGCAUGGGGCUAGUGCUUGGAGGGCGGAGUCCAGUGGUCCUUACAGGCCACGCGGACGCUUCUUGGGCUGACGACCAGGCUACGCAGCGGUCGUCACAGGGUUACACCUUCAGUCUUGGUUCCGGCUCUGUCUCGUGGCAGUCUACUCGUUCGUCUUCAGUUCUCGGCUCCAGUUGUGAGGCUGAGAUCUACGCCGGGGCCAUGGCUGCACAGGAGCUUCGCUGGCUCACCUACCUGCUGACUGACCUUGGAGAGCCGCCUCGUUCUCCUCCAGUGCUGUACGUAGACAACAAGGCCAUGCUGGCCUUGUGUCGAGAGCAGCGCUUGGAGCACAGAACGAAGCACAUUGCUCUCCGCUACUUCCUUGCUCGUGAGCUGCAGCAGCGUGGUCAGUUGCAACUUGCGUACGUGGCCUCUGAGGCCAACACUGGUGAUGUGUUCACCCAGGCACUCGCGCCUUGUGACCAUCAGCGCUUUUGCACCCAGCUGGGUCUUGUGCCUGUCUUGCCUCACUUGCUCUCCUCUUGA